AUUCAGAAUGAUGGUCGAUUUUUCUAACGUUGAUGGGCUGAAGGGGAAAAGCCCAAAACCCUAAUUUUGGGUUUUGAUUUUAAUAUGUUUUGCAUCAUACGGUAUUGAUUUUUCAAAGGUUUGCUAUGGCGGAGGCGAAAUCGGACGGAAGUCCAGCUGAAAUUGUCGUGCGGCAGCCGGCGAGGCCGCCGCCGAAGCGGUUCGUGAAGAACCAAAUUCCGGAUUCGAUCCUAAACGACGCCGCCUUGAACGCCGCCAUAUCUCUGCUUCCGGCGAACUAUAACUUCGAGAUCCACAAGAUCGUGUGGCGCGCCCGAUCCACGAAUGCGACGCGAGUCGCGCUUCAGUUCCCCGAGGGUUUGCUGAUGUACUCUCUCGUCAUCUCCGACAUACUCACUACCUUCGCCGGCGUUACUCACUGCUUCGUCCUCGGCGACGUCACCUACGGCGCGUGCUGCGUCGACGACCUCUCUGCGCGUGCGCUCGAUGCUCAUCUUCUCGUGCACUUCGGCCAUAGCUGCCUCGUUCCGAUUGAUUCCACCACGAUCCCCGUGCUCUACAUCUUCGUCGAAAUUGCAAUCAACGCGCGGAAGCUACUUGAGGAGUUGAAAUACAAUUUCAAUCCGGACGAGAGCAGUUUCAUCAUGGCGGGUACGAUUCAGUUUUCCAACGCGAUUCGUGCAGUGAAGGCGGAGCUGGAGAAAUUAGGGUUUAGGGUUUUGAUUCCUCAGGCAAAGCCAUUGUCAGCAGGGGAAGUUCUUGGGUGCACUGCUCCGAGCGUGAAAUUACAGGGUAAUAAUGGAAAAAAUGAUGUGAUUAUCUUUGUGGCAGAUGGUAGGUUUCAUCUGGAGGCAUUUAUGAUAGCUAAUCCUACGAUUAAGGCCUUCAGAUAUGAUCCAUAUUUGGGGAAAUUGUUCCUGGAAGAGUAUGAUCAUGAUGGAAUGAAGGAGGAUAGGAAGAGGGCAAUAGAGAGGGCAGUCGGGGCGAAAAGUUGGGGGAUCGUAUUGGGUACUUUAGGAAGGCAAGGAAAUCCGAGGGUGUUGGAGAGAUUGGAGAGGAAGAUGAGGGACAAAGCUUUGGAUUACAUGGUGGUUUUGGUAUCGGAAUUGUCACCGCAAAAAAUUGAGCUUUUUGGUGAUGCAGUGGAUGCUUGGAUUCAGAUUGCUUGCCCUAGAUUGUCGAUUGAUUGGGGGGAUGCGUUUAAGAAACCGUUGUUAACGCCGUUCGAGGCAGAAAUAGCGCUUGGGGAUUUGAAUGGAUGGUGGGAGAGGAAGUUAAGGUGUAAUGGCAAUUCUGAUGAAGAAUGUUGCGGAAAUGAGAAUGUGGGGGAAGGUGUGGAUUAUCCUAUGGAUUAUUAUGCACAGGAUGGAGGAGAUUGGAAUUCUUGUUACUCGAAGAAGAAUGUUCGUGUUCGGGGAAAAACCAGUCAGUGUUGCAAUAAUGGCUGCGAAAAGUCUUGAAUGUCUAGAUGGCAUGUGGCUAGAAUACCGAUAUGGUUGCUUGUAGUGUUAAUGCCACUCAAGUUUGAUUAUCAGUGAGUAGUACGAUCAGCGAUUAGUUAUGGUGACUGAGGAUUUAUUCUUAUUGCAUCCCUUUGGGAGAAAAUGAGAAUUGAAAUGGUAGAUGCUGUGAGUGUCCUCAAAAUUACAUUAACUGUAGCCAACAGAACGGCACUAUCCUCGACUGCUACUGCACUAAACAGUGGACAUAUUAGCAGGCUGUCGUGAUGGCGAAUGAGCACUAAUUGAUGACUUAGCACACAGGCGUUCUCAUUAUCUCAGCUAUGAUUGCUUACACGGGCCAACAAACCUCCUUUUGUCUCCGGAUCUUUUUCUCAGGAGAGAUUUAGUGCAGGUAAUGGUCCUACAACUACAAUUCUUUUCCUGUGGAACAUUCAGUCGUAGCAUAUAUAUUUUAGUUUGUUAAAUUGUGAAGCUGAUGGAUUGUAUUUCUGGAAUAUAGAGUUUAAUGUCCUAAUGGCUAAUACAGGCAUAGGAGAUUUUGAUGCUAAUGAACCCAAGUAUGUUCACUACAGUUAAGUUUGCUUGACAUGCACUCUAGUUGGAAAUCUUUGAGAUAAAUUUAGGAGUAAACCUAUUUUACGCCUCAUGGUGACUUAUCGAUCUUGUAAUGCUACUUCCUACCCCUGAACAAAAAAAGACUCAGGCUUGAGCAAGGAUAAUUAAGUUAUUUUGGUUGAGACAAUGUUAUGUAUGAUUUAUGCAUAGUAAUUUUCUAGGGCUGAGUUGAGAUCAAUUUAAUUUUGUCCUUCCGAUUUGGAUUGAGUUUUGA